GACGGAGAGGAUCCCACAAUGGUUGCAGACCUGCAGAAGGCCCUGUAUGGACUCGGGGACUCGCUCCUAUUAUGGUACAAAGAGAUCUCAUCGUCUCGUACUCAAGAUCUUCACCAGCUCGUAGUGGACGAUUUUGCCUUGUUUCACGUUUAUUUCGCGAAGCGUGGAGUGGUUGUUGUUAAGUGAAGACAGAAGCAGCAGAUGUAAUCCCGUCCCUCUUCCCUCGUUCAUUGUUGCAGCUGCUUCGCGGGCCCUCCAACGGUUUGGCCAAGGAUCUGCCUUCCGUUCCGUGAAUUGGGACCGACAAACCGACGCGGACAUUGGGCAACUUGUCGGCGAGAUGCAUCGACAAGAACACCAGUUCGUAAUUGACCGCGUGUCGUUAUCGGCUGACAGACCAAACCUCGAAAUGGAAGUCAUCAAGCAUGACUCUGCCGGAAUCAGAGACCUGGCGUGGCAGUCCUUGCAACCGAGUGACCUCCUGGAGCGGCAUUGGGCAUGGGACGGAGUG